AUGGUUGGAAAGGAGCACCUUGUGUCAACAAGUUGCUGACAAGCUGGCAAACCUAACAGGCUGACAGUGUUUAGAAACUCCCUUAGAAACUCAGGUUCUUUGUUUAGUUUCUCACUCCACAACAUAACAAAGAGUUUAGGUGGAGCUGGUGUAAUCCAGGAGAACUCUUCCAUGAUCUUCCUUCGGUUUGCACCCUGGGAACAUGAAGGACUGUGUCAUAAAGAUGAAGAGCGUGGUCCUCCUCAUUUUCCUAGGAGUGGUGUCUGGAAGAAGAUCUCAGUUGCUUAAGGGCUUACCUGCAACAAGCACUGUUGGAGAAAAUGCAGCAGCUGGCCUUUCUGUUUACACCUUUACUGUAGCUGUUUCUCCAUUGUCUUCAGAAGGUGUUGCAGUUGCUCCUACCAUAGUGAAUUCAAAUCCACUUACAGAGGCUUUUGACAUUAAACCAAACGGAGGUGCCGAGUACGUGGUUGUUACCACAGGAAACCCCGUCCUAGAUUAUGAAACCAUGCCAAAGAUCUUUGAUUUACAGAUUUUUGUUGAAGAUAGAAAUGGGACAAUUGACCUCAGCAUAUUGACCAUCAAAGUAACAGAUCAAAAUGAAAGGCCUGUGUUUCGAGGAAAUAUGGCAAUUCAAACUGUCACUAUCUAUGUCUUGGAAGGAACCCCUCCAGGGAGCAUUUACCAAACUGAUGCAGCUGACCCUGAAAAUGCUAAACUCAAAUAUUCAUUACUCCCUGAACAAGUGCCCUUCUUGGUCACAGAAAGUGGAGUCAUUGUUUCUACAGCAAAAUUUGAUUAUGAGGAAGGGCCACCUUGCUACUUUUUAAAUAUAACUGUGACAGACCCAGGUGGACUGAACUCAACUAAAACAGUGCAAGUAAACAUAAUCAAUGUCAAUGAUGAAAGACCUUACUUUACCACAAAGCAAAGAAUCUACAGGAUUCCAGAGGAGCAGAGCCCAGGCACUGUUGUUGCCAAUGUAACAGCUAAAGAUCCCGACGAUGAAGGGUCUCCUGGCAGACUUUUCUUCAGCAUCCCAUCUUCUAACAGAUAUUUCUCCAUAGAUCCAUGGACUGGCAUGCUGCAGGUGACUGGAAGAAUCGACCGAGAUGACGUUCGGCUGUGGCUCUACCCUAACAUCUCAUUAAUCAUUCGAGUAGAGGACAGUCCCACAACUGGGCACUACAGUGAACUGCAGAUCACAGUCAUUGUUGAUGAUGUCAAUGACAACCCACCCAAAUGUACUCCUUCUACCCUCAGGAAGGAGAUAAAUGAAAAUACAAUUGCUGGGACACUUCUUUUUCAUCUUAGAGACUUCUGUAAGGAUAUUGAUGUUGAUCCUUCAAACAAUCAACUUAAUUUCACUGGAUUAUCUGGUUUGGGAAGCAACAACUUCGCUCUGGAGUCUGCUGUGUCUGGAAGACUUGUGAUGACUGAAAGCAUUGAUUUGGAAAGCUCAGCUAAUCUAGGACUUGAAGUUUACUCUUUGACUGUCAGAGUGCAAGAUGUUGCCCGUCCUGACUAUGCAAGUACCAUCUACCUUUACAUCAGGAUAAAGCCAGUGAACGAGUUCUUUCCAGCCUUCAGUAACUUGUCUUAUGAAUUUGAUGUUCCAGAAAUUACUAAAGUUGGAUCCAGCAUUGGUGCAGUGCAUGCCACAGACAAGGACUGGCCGCCCAGUGCCAUCACUUAUUCCAUUGUGUUUGGAGGUGGCACCAUGGAUUACACAGAUAUAUUCUGGAUUAGUCCAACCACAGGUGGCUUGAAAAUUCUGGGUCACUUAGACUAUGAAACAGCAAAGAAACACAUUCUCACAGUGCAGGCCUCCGACCAAGAGAAGACUGCAACAGCCUCUGUGACUGUCAAUGUUUUGGACGCAAAUGACGAAGAACCAGUUUGCUCACCGGAUUUCUACUCAUUUCAGCUCCCAGUCACCUUAGCUGUGGGGACCAAUAUAAAUGGCUUCAGGAUUGAAUGUCAAGAUCGUGACUCUGACCCUAGGUCUUUCCGUUACUUCAUUAAUGAAGGCAACACAAACAAUCAUUUCACCUUCUCACCAAGUGCUGGCUCCAACACAUCUCGGCUGAUUCUCGCAUCAAGAUUUGACUAUGAGAGAGGACUUGACACAAAAUGGAUCUACAGGCUACGUGUCUAUAUAACAGAUGACAAUUUGCUGUCUGCCAGAGACAGAACUACACACCUAAUUAAAACUGGAACGGUGAAUUUGAGCAUCAGAGUUAUGCCAAACCCAACGACUGUCACUACCACAACACCACCCUUCACUGUUGUGACGAGAAGGGAGAACUCCUACUCGGGGUCGGCGUGGUACGUGCCGUUCGCCGCCAGCCUCGGCGGCCUGCUGCUCCUCGGGCUGCUGGGCUACCUGGGCACCCUGCUCUGCGCCUCGCUGCGCUGCGCCUGCGCUCACUGCCCUCCGGCCGGACACGCGGGCGGCACCCUGCCUCUGAUGAAUGUGUCAGAGAAGAAGAAACCCAAGGAAGAAGUGUUUGUGGCAAUGACAAAGCUGAGCACUGUCUUUGAUGGCGAAGCCAGAGACCCAGUGAGUGGCAGAAUGUAUGAGUUUAACACUCGCUCGGGUGCCCGGAGGUGGAAGAAAAGCAACGAGUCCCUCCGGCCAGCGCCGGUCAGGAGGCUAACGUCCAGCGCCAUCAACCACAGCGGCCAAGGCACAGCCAGAGCAGAGGCACCAAGCAUAAAGGAGCAUUCGGAGAAGAGGAAAGAGCUGACUGCAGAGACCAAAUUCGCUGCCGAGCCUUUGGCAGGGCAAGCUGAAACAACAGGCCAGGAUGGAACGAGAUUACAAGAACAGGGGUGGGGGGAUGGGUCGAGACAGGAGGGUCAUGCACAUCACCUCCCGUAGGUGCACAGACAUCCUCUCGCAAAAUGAGCACUUUGCUGCCCUUGAGGCAGCCUGAGACUCCAAGGCAUCUCCCAAAGAAUGCCUGCUCUGAACAGCAAGUUAGAUAUGAGUUUUGUCUGUGUAGCCCCUCUGUAAAACACAAGGUGCCAAAGGUGCCGUCCCCUUGCACCAUCAGAAGUCCAGCAAAGCCUCAACACUGCAAUGACAGAGACAGAAGACAGCAAUCUUAUCCUCUGAGCGUGCUGCCAGCUUGCUGUGUCUGUGGUGGUGUCUGGAGUGCUGCUUGACUCUUUGGCACAAACAGGACUAGUUCAGAGCUCAUCAUUGUGUUCAUCUGCUGUAAAUACAAUAUAUUCCAGCACAGAAAGCAGGUGGUGUGCCAGUGACCUGGAGAAAUUCUGUGCUAGCUGGUUCUACUGCUGUAAUGGAUUCAUCCCGGACAGCAAACUGCCCACGGGCACCUUAAAUCUGUUGCCUGAAGAGUGAAUGAACGAGUCAGGGGAACGAGCACCAUUGCAUCGGCCCACAGUGCCCACCCAUCAGCUUUGCCUUAGCGCUGCAAACUCCAGGUGGGGAACUGUUUCUCAGCCUUGCCGUGGAGGCAGGGAAUUAAGGCGGCCGAGGCAGGGAUUCACACGAAAACAGAGCUGAUAUUUUCCCGAAAACCUGCCCCGAAACUACAGACAGAGAUUCGCUGAGUUCUGGUUACCAGCUUGGGCUCGCUGGAGGAGGUCCACAGGGUGCCACAGGUAGCCUGGCUACUCUGGAAGUCAGACGUCGGAAAAGGCCUGAGCUGUUACUGCACAGCGCUGUUGUGAGCAGCAAAGCUGAGCCCAACUAAACUCACCGUCAGGCUGGUCGAAGAGGGAGCUCCAGCUGCCGGCCGCUCGGGCGCUCCUUCGGGAGCCGCAGCAGGGUCCUUGAGGCCGUAAUGGGCGCUAAUGGGCGCAGCAUUGCCCCGGGGCCAGCGCCGGGCCCCCGCUGCGCAACCGCUCCAGGCGGGGGGCAGGCUCCGGCGGGCAGAGCGCUCGGGCAGGCAGGAUCUCUGAGGCGGGCACCCCAGCGCGGGCAGCGCCCCGGCAUUUGUACCCUGCCCGGGCACAGGGCAGAGCUGCCACUGCCUGGGCGCUAGGAGCACAGCCAAGCACCUGCGCGACUGCAGCGCGGGCACCGCUCGCGCCUAACGGCCCCACUGCGCGGGCACCGCUCGUGCCCCAGGGCCGCGGGGCAGGGGCAGGUCUGUGGGAGCCUUUUCCUCUCCCGUUCGAGCCGCAGAGGGAGGCAGGGAGGUGCACGGGGCUCCAGGCCACGCCCGCCUCAUCAACAAGCACCACCUGCCGAACAGGUGCCUGCAGUUACCUUCUCGCAGCAGCAACGGCUGCGCUUUCCUGUCCGAUUGGUGAGCUGCUGGCUUGUGUCCCCGCAGCCUGCGCGCACUGUGACCUUCUCUAGCUUUCCACUGUAGACAAGUUAAUGUCUUUAUAAUUCCAUUAGUCCUUUUUUUCUCACUUUUGCCUCUCUAAUAGUGGCACCUUUACACUGGUCCUUUCCCCUGACGUCUGUGGCAUCCCUUUGCCUCACAGGCAGGACUUCAUGUCACCCUAUUCUAACGGCCCUGAGACACUAUGUCACUGGGGGGGCAUCUCCCCACAACAGGCAAGUUUCAUGUUCAGCUGUUGGGACAAGUCCAAUUUUUCUGAGAUGCUCUAUGAAAAGUUUGACAAUAAAUUCUAAGCACUUCACUGUUUCAUUUGCUCAGAGCAGAUUAGUAACUGCUAAUCACUGACA